AUAUAUGGAUAAAGCGAAGCUAGGGUUUUGUCUCCCUCUUGUUCGCAUCUUCGAAAUCCACAGGGUUUCAGCGGAAACAGCCGCCUCGCACUAAAAUGGCUAGAGGGUUGAAAAAGCAUUUGAAGAGGCUCAAUGCCCCUAGGCAUUGGAUGCUUGACAAGCUUGGUGGUGCAUUUGCUCCGAAGCCAUCAUCUGGACCUCACAAGUCCAGGGAGUGCUUGCCACUCAUUCUCAUUCUGCGAAACAGAUUAAAGUAUGCUCUAACAUAUAGAGAAGUGAUUGCUAUUCUUAUGCAAAGGCAUGUUAUGGUAGAUGGGAAGGUUAGGACAGAUAAGACCUAUCCUGCUGGUUUCAUGGAUGUUGUGUCAAUUCCCAAGACAAAUGAGGACUUUCGUCUCCUUUAUGACACAAAAGGUCGUUUUCGCCUUCAUGCCAUCACAGGUGAUGAGACUAAGUUUAAGCUUUGCAAAGUUAGGUCUGUUCAAUUUGGCCAGAAGGGUAUUCCCUACCUCAAUACUUAUGAUGGACGCACCAUCCGCUACCCAGACCCUCUGAUCAAGGCUAAUGACACCAUCAAGCUGGACCUAGAGAGCAACAAAAUUGUUGAUUUCAUUAAGUUUGAUGUUGGGAAUGUUGUCAUGGUCACUGGAGGAAGGAACAGGGGACGUGUUGGAGUGAUUAAGAACAGGGAGAAGCAUAAGGGUAGCUUUGAGACAAUCCAUAUUCAAGAUGCUGCUGGCCAUGAGUUUGCAACUCGUCUAGGCAAUGUCUUCACGAUUGGUAAAGGAACAAAGCCAUGGGUGUCACUUCCCAAGGGCAAGGGUAUCAAGCUAUCCAUCAUUGAGGAAGCCAGGAAGAGGCUUGCAGCCCAAGCAGCUGUAUGAAUUUUUUGACGCAUCUCUAGUGUUGUUUCUGUCAUAAGAAUUGAUCUGUUGGAGGAAUGCUGGCUGCUUCCUGUGUCUUGGCUUCUGUAGGGUUUAUGCUAGAAUUUAUGCUUUGCUUUUACUCAUGAGCGCAGUUUUGGACCAAUUGCUAUAUUGUUCUUGAAACUAAGUUGUCAUUACCCUUGGUUUAUGUUGUUACAUUUCAACCAUCAUUUAUCAAGUACCUCAUUGGAUUUUGGUAA